AAUUUUUUGUUAGUUUCUCUUGUGCUGUCGUCGCCGCUGCUGUUUAUAGAAAAUUGUUUCUUCUCGGUUGAAGAAACGAAUAGAACGCGGCGAUUAUGUAGAUUUUCUUUCUCUAUUUAUACGAUCUCAUAUCACUUAACUAUAUUAUCAUGUCGACAGUUCUUUUAGCUGUUAUUGCAGUCAUACUAUGUGUGCUUUUUCGAAUACUGAAUGUUAAUAGCCAGCCGCAGAAACCAAUCAUUUAUGGAAGGGAUAGAAGCUUUAUUGAAAACAUACUAUUUAUUUCUCCAUUUUUAAACGAACCCUACAUACCAACUCGACUAUGGGGCUUUAGCGGCCAUGUGCAGACUAUUCUCCACAGUUUGAUUGGCCGUGUCCGUUGUCCGUGGCCUAUAGGAGGAAGAGUGAACCUAGUUUUACCUGAUAGGUCAACACUGACAUAUGAUCUGUAUGAGCCUGUUGGAUCUGAACAUGAAGAUGAUGUGACGGUGGCAAUCUGUCCGGGUAUCGGCAACACGUCUGAAAGUGUGUACAUCCGUACAUACGUGCAUUAUUCACAAUGUCAUGGCUAUAGAUGCGCGGUAUUGAAUCAUAUCGGGGCUCUGAACAGCGUGCCGGUAACUGGGACUAGGAUAUUCUCGUAUGGGCAUACAGAUGAUUACAACUAUAUGAUUGAGAGUUUAUUGGAGAGAUAUCCCCUCACAAAAAUAAUACUCGUCGGAUUUAGCCUUGGCGGUAAUUUGGUUACGAAGUACUUAGGCGAAGACAGGAAGAGGCCUUCUAACAUAAUAGGGGGAAUUUCAAUAUGUCAGGGAUAUAACGCAAUUGAUACAAUGGUGUAUCUUUUACAAUGGCAGAAUUUCCGUCGUUUCUACUUAUACAUAAUGACAGAUAACCACCGAAAUAUUAUAACACGUCAUAAAAGGAUGCUAUUAAGUCCCGAAAUGAAGAGCAGGCACUCUCUGGACGAGAAAAUGAUCGUAUCUGCGGGUACUCUGCCAGAUCUCGACGAGGCCUAUUCAAGAAGAAUACAUGGAUUCGAGACUGUGGCAGAUCUUUAUAAAUGGAGUUCGUGCGCUUUUUACCUAGAUAAAAUAAAAACACCAAUGAUAUUUAUAAAUGCUCGUGAUGACCCCAUUGUUCCUGAACCUCUUCUGCCCAUUAUUAGAGAAUUUGUCAGUUCACAUGAUAAAGCAAUGUACCUGGAACUGGCACAUGGUGGUCAUUUGGGAUUCUAUGAGGGUGGUUUAAUAUAUGCCAACCCAGUUAACUGGCUGGACCGCGCCCUAAUCGGUCUCACAGGAGGUAUGGUGAUGGCACACAACAAAUGUUCGCCUAAAGAUGUAGCGAUAGCCAACGACUGCGCCGUCUCUGAUGAUGAACCGGAUCUAAUCAAAUCUGCUACAAUAGUAUAUCGCGAUCCUCUAGAAAAACAACAACAGGCAUACUAAUUUUUGCAGCUCGAAUAAUAAUUAUAAAGACUAGCGUUGACGAUAGACCCUAAUGGACGAUGGCUGAUGGUGUUCAAAGUGAGUGCUCAAAAGCGAUUCUAUAUUUUUUUUACCGUCAUCGUUUUGUUGGUAAAAAAAUCUAUUCUUAAGUUUCGAAAGUGUAAAAUUCCAAUAAAAUAAAUCUGCAGGUGUAGAAUAAAUUAUACCCCAUUAAACAUCAAAAUUGGACUAAUCUAUGUAAUGCGUGGGGUAUCCAUCUGGUCAUCAUCUAUUUGGACAUAUUGUCAAUACUAGACAUAAGGGCUUUAAGGCUAAGGCCCCAAGAAUAAAGAAUUUAUAAUGGUUAUACAGAUUGCGUGCAGAAAGUACCGAAAUGCUUUUAGUUUUUUUUAUAGCGACUGAUUAUCGCGGGUUAUUUUUGUGGUGCAAUAAGUACUCAAUAAAUAAUAUUUUGUGCAUGAUAUAAAUUUCCCAUUGAAACGGCAACUUUUUGCACGCUACCUGCAUUAUUUUUAUACGCUGUAGUUUAGUGUUGAGUAUUUAGUAAGGAGGAACCGACUGUUUGUCUCAUUACUUGAAGAUAAAUGCAGUGUUUUUUAAAAAUAUACUAAAACCAGUGAAGCUUCUACUAAAGUUUUCGGGAGUUAUUGCAUUAUCAAAUAUAUCUAUAUAGUUGACAGUGUAAUACUACUCCUUCGUCCAGCUAUAAACUAAUCAAUUAUAACGUAGUUACCAGUCUGUACAAAUAUGGAGACAAGCGGCGAAACUAAACGGAUGAUUUGUAUAUUUAUUAUGCAUAAUAAAUAGCACAAGAGCUUCGGCAAAUUUUAUACGUUCCUAUAUUCCAUUUUGUUGAAUGAUGUGUGAUAAUAUAGUUGAUUUCGAAUAUUCUAAUAAGUCAAGAAAAUGCUGAUUUUCUUAUGUAAGACAUAUAACGGCAAUAUUUGUAUAAGCAUUUUCACAUAAAAAAAAAUAUAAAAAAUGUGAAAAUUCGAUGUAGCACAAACAGCGCGACAUUUAGUAUAUAAUAUGUUGUAGGGCUUGUACAGAAAUGAUUUUAAUAUCUAUCGGUUUGCCUAUAUUCCAUUAGACUGUUGAUAUUUGAGAUAAUUCCAAUAUUUUGUAAAUUACGAAUGAUAUUAUUAUAAUUUAGAUUGUGAUGUACAUGAGCAGUAUUUUUGUAUGAACCAAAAUAUUGAAAACGGGGAGUUACAUCAAAUAAUACAAGUACCGACUGUAAUAGCGCUAUGUACAAUGUAUACAGUAGAAUAACUUACACUUCAUAACGAGGUACAGUCGAAACCACCAAUUGCAGGAACUUCUUGUAGAUUCUUUGUGAUGUAGACUAGCCUUGGGAUUUACAUCAUUAAAGGAAUCUCUGAGAUUAUAUUUAGAAUGUUAAAUAUACUGAGCAUAUUUUAUCAUAUUAGAUCCACUUUUAAUAUCAUUGUAAUGUUUUACAAUAGCAGUAAUCUAUUAGUUGAUAAUUUAUAUAUCUAACCAAUCUUUAUUACUUCAAAAUGUGUAUAGAAUCCUAUGGAUUUAAUAAUAUAAUAAUCCAUAUCAUAAUGAUGUUACAAGUUAAAUAGUAUUAUUAUACUCCAUUUAAUGUAUUUUUAUGAUCUAACAGAAUUCAUAUUUAGUUGUUUAGUUAUUUUAAAGUGAUUAUUAACAUUUUGCAACAUACUUUAAGUUCUUUAGAGAACACUGCUACUGACUACUGAAGAUACAUUAUAUCAAAGGCUGUUUCUAGCUUUGGAAAGAGAAAUAACUGCCCAUUAUAAUAUUGGCAGACAUUGAAAUAUUCAAUAAUGGAAAACAUUACAAAGGAAUUUAUGGAUCUAUAUGUACGAGUGUUUGAAAUGCUAUAGCUUUAGUAGUGAGCUAGCUUGUUUAUUCCGAUAAAAAUAUAUAAUAUGUCACGCGCAUAAACUCAAUACAUAAUUUG